AUUAAGAACUGUGACUGUUAGCACUUCUAAUGGUGAGACUUAGAGAGAUACAUUUCCAUUGUGUUGUGUGCUUUUAUUUCUUUUGCAGCCCAGAGAAGGCAGCUACAUUUGGAAGAUGCACAUGGUGAAAGGUCAAGAGGGCCUGGGUAUACAGAUCACAGGCUCCAGGCGCUCUCCUCAUGGCAUCGUUAUAGCUCACAUAGAAGACGGUGGAGCCAUUUACAGGGAUGGCCGUCUCUAUGCAGGUGAUGAGUUGCUGAUGAUCAAUGGUCAGUCUCUCGUGGGUCUCACUCAUCAAGAGGCUGUAGCUAUCCUCCGCUCCACCACCGGUCUGGUCCAGCUGGUGGUGGCCAGCAGGGAGGAGUCAGACGUUGGAGUCGAUCACUUCCCCUCCACCAGUCUGCCAGACCUGGUCAGCACCUGCGAUUGCUCAUCAGCGCUCUCUCACUCUUCUUUCCCUCGCCCACCCCAGAUCUCCAGAAGCAGCAUAAGUCUUCACAACAUUCUCCCGGUGUCUAACCUGGAGAAACUGGAAGAGCAAAGUCCAGCAGCAGCCCUGUACCCACCAAACUCAGCGGUCGGUCCCAAGGCGGGAGCAGUCAUUUGGAGUCUGUGGGCGAAGACGACGAGCUCUUUGUAGCGAACGGUGUGUGCAAAGUAGCAGACAAACCUCCGCCUGGUCGACGUAAACACUCUACCUCAACAACUAGAUACAACUGGAGUGAGACAGGAUUAUCAUAUCAUUAAGAAAUCAGCUCGCUCCCUGAGCACCGUUCAAGUGGAGUCUCCAUGGCGUCUGGCUCAGCCAUCCAUUAUCUCUAGUAUAGUGCUGAUGAAAGGCCAGGGCAGGCAUCUAGUCCCUCCAUAACAGAAGCAGAAAGCAGUCCUGGGUACAACCAGUCAACUGAGAACUCGUCUCUUCCCCUUCACCACCAUAAAGAAGAGCCUCUGCCGCCCACCGCCAUUGCAUCCAGCCCUUCAUCAGUGCGUAGCCCUCUCCUCCGUCAGAGGAGGGUGAUGUGCUUCGACGAGCUGAUUGAUAACCAUGAGUCGGAAAUGACU